AUGGCGAGCACACCCCCCGCUCGACGCGCUGUCGUCCCCAUCGCCUCCGCCAGCGACCAGUUCAGGGCGGGCUCCUCGCUGCGGAGUCCUCCCAGUUCUGUCGGCGGAGGCCGGACAGCUUCCGCGGCUCGCUCGGGAGCAAGCAGCGGAGGCGUUCCCGCGAGAAGGGGAUCAGCCCAAAGUCGACAUGGCGUGCGCAGCUCCCACGGGACUAUCCGACACAGCGGCGAAAACGGGGCGCCGACCUCCGGCGCCCGCGGGGGGCCGUCCAGAGCACCAAGCGGCCAAAAAGGAACGGGAGCCGGCCCCCGCGACCGAGCUCGUCCGCUAACCUCUACGCGCAGCCCCGAAAAACUGAGCGGCGAAGAGCCCGGGGCUGCGAAUCGAGCGACAGGUCCUUCGAAAUGCGCAGCGUGCGGGAAGAGCAUCGAGGGCGGACAGCGCUUCAUGGAACUGGCGGUCACGCUGCCCAAGUCCUCGUCGGCGACUUCUCAGCAGCGCAAAGCCCGCGGCAAAGCGUCCGCGGACCUCGCGUCGGACGGCGCCGUUGUGAAGGCGCCUUUCCACUUGACUUGUCUGCAUUGCUCAGAGUGCGGCCAAGCGCUCUCUGAUCCGCCGCCAGGAGGCGCGUCCGCGCAAGACAGUCCGAUUGUCAUAUCGACCCAGAGCGCAGUGGAGGUGCUGACGGGAAGUCAAGCGGCGGCCUCGCAGGGUAGAGGGCUGGCGACCAAGGGCGCCGCCGGCAGAAAGGCGCCGGCGACCCAAGCCGCUCUGCUCCAGUACUUUGUCGCCCAUGCAAAGUGCAAAGAACGCCCCUGCGCGGUGUGUCACCUGCCCAUAGCCCUCCACGAUGCAAAGAUUGCGUUGCCAGACGCCGCUCCAGCCGGAGAGAAGCAGAAGGCAGAGCCCGUGGGACAUCGCAACCGCGGACAGCGCGGGACGCAGAAAAGCGCCGAGGCGGCGGGAGGAGAAGGUCUGAGAGCAGGAUGA